GGUACCUUUUCCAAUGGUAGGCUGCACGUUUGUACCAUAUUUACCCUAAACGGGUGCAUAUUAGUACCUUAAAGGUAGGCUACAUCUUAAAAAUAAAGGUUCUUGGCAUGUAUGGUUUCAUGAAGAACCUUUAACAUCAAUGAAACCUUUUCAUUGCACAAAAGGUGCAAAAACAAGAAAUGUUCACUGAAAGGUUCUUUGGGGAACCCAAAAUGUUCUUCUGUGGCAUAGAUGCGAAAACCUCCUUUUGGAAGCUUUAUUUUUCAUACAUGGUACAUUUUAAUACUACCCAGUGACAGCUUUUGCACUUUUUGUUUCUGAGAGUGCAUGAUGACACGCGUAUUAAUUAUAUUGUAAGGAAAUUCAUUUAGUACUAAAAUAUUGGUGCAUUGCAGUUAUAUAAUUGCACAUGUGGGUUUCCUUAAUUAUUUUUUUUAUUAUAAAAUUUAGUGUGCUGUAAAAUCACAUAUUUCUGUCAUUUAGGUCGAAUAAAGUGCAUGUAAACGAUAUAAAAUGAUUUAAAAAUUUAAAAAAAUAUAUAAGGGAAAAAAUGAUUUUAUUUAUUCUGGUCAUUUAUUAAGGUUCGACUGGGACACUGAAGGAGACACUAUUUCUGAUACAGUUGUCAAUACAGGCAGCCGCUUUGUCGACAAUUUAGGAGCAUGUCCUGUCUCGGUGUUUUGGGCUCAGGGGGCGUGUACUGAGGGGGUGGCCUGUAAACAUGCCUUAUCCUAAGGUGAGCUGCCUCAGCUACGGUCGCUGGGGAUGCUUGGCGCUGAUUGGUUGGCGCUUACGGUCAAUGGCACGCGACUAUGGAUGUAGUUAUAAGAGUCCUCGCGUGCCGCCUUUCAAACUGAACCAACUCUUGAGCAUCAAGAGGAAAGAUCGAAGAGUCGGCGAUUGUUGUUACUGGGCAACACCAACACAGCACAUAAAAAUGGACACUGUGUUGGAUCCAUUCACAGGCUUAGACUCCUUCUCCUCCCCUUAUUUCGACGACGAUGACUUCUUCACGGACCACUCGUCGAGGGACCACUUGGACACAGACGACUUUUUGGAUGAGGACGUCGAUUUCCUCACCAAUCAAAUCCAAGAAUAUUAUAAGGACAGUCGGAUAUCGCAGGACGGAGAUUAUUGUGACGUUGGCAACUUCUCUUUUUCCUCGUCGUCUUCGACUUUCUCGUACGGAUGCGCUGACAGCACCUCGGAACUGUCCCCUCACAGAGACGGUCCCUUGCUGAAGAGGCGGAGGCGCAUGAGAUCCGAAGCGGAGAUGCAACAGUUGCGCCAAGCUGCCAACGUCCGGGAGCGACGGAGGAUGCAGUCCAUUAACGAUGCUUUCGAGGGACUGCGAUCUCACAUUCCUACUCUACCAUACGAGAAGAGACUUUCGAAAGUUGACACUUUACGUCUGGCAAUCGGCUACAUAAACUUCCUUGCAGAACUUGUGCAGUCCGACAUGCCGAUCCGGAACCCACACAGUGACACUUUAAACCAACCUAAAAAAGUCAUCAUUUGCCACCGAGGAACAAGAUCCCCAUCUCCAAAUGACCCAGACUACGGUUUGCCUCCUCUCGCCGGACACUCUCUGUCAUGGACUGAUGAGAAGCAGUUAAAAGAUCAGAAUAUCAUUAGGACAGCGAAAGUCUGGACACCAGAGGACCCACGAAAGUUGCACUUAAAAUCAUCCAUCAACAACAUUGAGAAUGAACCCCCCUUUAACUUUAUUUCCUAAGGCAGUGCCAUUAUUACUCUGUAUACACAUUGUGUACAACUGAAUUGUAUGGAUAUAUCCAUGUUUUGUUUAUUUGUAAUGUAUUAUUGUUACUAUCUGUGUUUCAGCUUUUUAGUCUGAAUUGAAGAUAAGGCCACUGGCAAUCAUUUUGUGUCGUAUUUAAUUGUUUAAUUGUGCUGUAAUAUAUUUUUCUAAUUUAAUACGGAUUUUAUGUCAAACAAAACCUAUUUUUUAU